CGGCUCGGCGGAAGGGGCGGGGCAGCCGUUGCCAGAGAAGCUACUUGAUGGUUACUAGCUCCGUUUUCGUCCAGUUGCACCUGGAUGGGCACUCUUCCACGCAAGCGGUUCUAGGAAUUCGCCUGCUUGCCACCUCGCGUCCUUCGACUUCUUUUCUAGCUUUCACCUACUGCACUUCCCCCUGCGUCCCGCUCUCUCCUAGCCGACCCAGGGCUGGAGAGCACAGUGGAAAGCAGGACAUCCUAAAUGAAAAGACUGAACUGGAAGCAACAUUUAAGGAACCUGAAUUGGCAACCUGUUCUGUAGAAUUAUUUUUGCCAUUAUUUAAGGAUACCGUUGAAGAGAUUAGUUUUGAAAAUGCUAAUCUUUUUGCAUUCAAUUUGAAGAUUGCUAAACAGAAGGAAAAAUUAACAAAAGAAUUAGACACUUUUAAACAUGUAAAACAAGCUUUAGAACAUCUUCUUAGAAAGACAGAAUACCAACAAGUAGGGGACAGUUUAUCCAGCAUGUUAGAGAAGCUAACUGAUAAUGAAAAUGAAAAUACUAAUCUUAAGAAGAAGCUACUUGAAAAGGAGACCUAUAUUCAAGAACUUUCUUGUUUGUUUCAGAAUGAAAAGGCAAAUGCUUUGAAAGCAGACCGUUUUUCACAAUCAGUAAAAGUAGUACAUGAACGACUACAGCUCCAAAUUCGUAAAAAGGAAGCAGAGAAUGAUAAAUUAAAAGAAUAUAUAAAGAGCUUAGAAACCAAGAUAACUGAAUGGAACUUAGAACUGAGAAAGAAUAAGCAUGAAGCUGUAGCAAUGAAAGAAUCAAGUAGGCAAAAAACUAUAGCUCUAAAAAAGGCAUCUAAAAUUUACAAACAAAGGCUUAAACACUUUACUGGAGACAUGGAAAACCUUACUUCCCAAAUUAGAGAUCGGGAAGCCAAGCUGUCCGAAACAAUUUCAGCUUCCAAUGCCUGGAAAAGUCAUUAUGAGAAAAUUGUAAUAGAAAAAACUGAAUUGGAAGUUCAGAUUGAAACAAUGAAAAAGCAAAUUACUAAUCUCUUGGAAGACCUGAAGAAAGUAGAAGACGUUGGUAAAAAUUCAUGUGAAGAAAUUCUUAGAAAACUUCACUCAGUUGAAUAUGAAAAUGAAACUCUGAAUCUUGAGAAUACAAAAUUAAAGACUACUCUUGCUGCUUUGAAGGAUGAGGUUGUUUCUGUUGAAAAUGAACUCUUAGAAUUGCAAGAAGUAGAAAAACAACAGAAAGCCCUUAUUGAAGUAUAUAAAACUCAGAUACAAAAGUUGCAAGAAGCAGCUGAAAUGGUGAAAAGCAGAUGUGAAAAUUUGCUACAUGAAAAUAACCUAAUAACAAAAAACAAAAAUAAAAAGUUAGAGAAGAUGAGAGGCCAGACGGAGUCUCAUCUGAAGGAGUUAGAGCACGUCCGCGAUUCGGUGACGGCGGCGGAACGGAGGCUUCACGAGUGUCAGGAGAGUGUGCAGCACUACAGGGAGAGAUGUGCGGACAAGGUGCACACCGUUAGGGAGCUUCAGGGCCAGGUUGAUGGAAAUCAUAAUCUUCUAAAAAAGCUUUCUUUGGAAGAGGAAAAUUAUCUUAUUCAGUUGAAGUGUGAAAACCUUAAACAAAAAUUAGAACAGAUGGAUGCAGAAAAUAAAGAGCUUGAAAAGAAACUGGCAAACCAAGAAGAAUGUCUUAAGCACAGCAAUCUUAAGUUUCAAGAGAAAUCUGCAGAACAUACAGCAUUGGCCAGACAGCUGGAAGCUGCUUUAGAAGAAGGAAGACAAAAGCUUGGGAAAGGAGUAAUGGGGCUGAGAUCUAUGUUAUUCUGAAGCUUGAGUGUCUAGGAGUGGCCAGAGUUUAAAUAGAAGCAUUUGGAAAAUUUGAGGUCAGCCCAAAGUCAAAUCAUGACAGGAGCACAGCACAUUGAGAAACCAUCUCACUGGUAAGUAAAUGAUUUUUACAUUGACUCCCCAAAUCAAUAAGAUCAGCCUUGUAGUACCCACCAAUAAUACUUAUAAACGUCAGUAUUUUUUAAGGAAAUGUUCUCUGUGAUUUAGAAAAUUAUUUGGAUGCCCUAUUUGUAUUUUCUACAAACUUCCUCAUCCCCCUUGACCACAGAGGCAGACAGGGUGGCUUAAAAGCCAUUAGCAAUCUUUCAUUCUUGCCUUUUUCUGCAUAAUGGCUUGAAAGCUAGGAUACUCAACUUUCUAAGAGACUACCCACUGGAGGUGACCAUGUGACCGAAUUCUAGCUGGUAGUAUGUAAGUCAUUGUAUGAAACUUUGAAACUGCUCUUUUAAAGGGAUAAAUUAAGGUCCCCUGACCCUGAUGGGAGAUGAGGCAUGAGGCAGUAUAGCAGCCAUCUCAUGACCAUGUGGAGAAAAGCCACAUGCCAGGCAUGGGGGAGCAGAAAGAUAGGACUGACCCUGGUUUGUCAAUGAUCUGGAGCUGCAGUCCUUGACAGCCUCACAUAAGACAAUUUAUUACCCAAAAGAGUUAGCUCUCUUAAUUACUCAAGCCACUUUCAGUUGUUGUGCUUACAGCUGAAGUUAGUGCCCUAACUAAUAAUUGCCAAAACAUGGAUGUAAUAACGCAUUUUUUGGUCAUUUUAUUUGAAAAACCAUAGGCAACCAAAAGUUUAUGAAAGCAAAGUAAUGUUCAGUCAGUUGAGUUAGAUCCAGUAGGGAAUCUACACAGGAUCUCCUAAGUCAGAUGUUUCUUUUCUGGUUUUUUAAAUCAGCCAUGUAUGGUGAUGUCUCCAUACCCUAGUUUUCAUCCUUAUCUCAAAUUAACUGGUAAGUUGUAACUAAAAAUAUAUAAUGUUACAUUAAUUAAACAAGGCGGCAAUUAGAGGUGGUUCUAAUACCUUAGCAGCCUAGUGUACGCAAAGUAAAACGAAAGCCUUUAAAUGCCUCCCGGGUUAAGAAGUCAAAACCUGAAGACAACCAAUCACAACCAACCAAUUAAGCUUUUCCUAAUAAAGCAAAUGCUUCACCUAUAGCCAGUCAGGCAAUUUCCUUGCUUUCUUCUACCUCUUCACUAUAAAAGUCUCGCAGGUAGCUCCUGUCAGUGGAGCACUCCUAAAUCACUUCCUGUUUGGUGCUACCCAAUUAGAAACAAUAUUUGCUCAAAUAAGUUCUUAAAAUAUUUAAUAUACCUCAGUUUAUGUUUUAACAAUACCCAAUACAACUAAAUACAACUCCUAUUUCUUUCUCUUUAAUAGUAAAACAUUACAAAACCUAACAGUUAGUAGUUACCAGCUUUCUUUUCUUAGAUUCAAUUGUAACGCAAAAAUCUGGAAACAGAAUCAAUUGAUGUCUGAUAACAUAAAACUGGCAGGUAACUUAGGGCUUUACACGUCUUAUCAUGAGAAACAUUGAUCAAACUCACAAUGGAAUUGUUAGAAAAAUGUGCCAUUUUGUUGGAGCUCCUGACUGCCUUUUUUUUUUUUUAACUUUUCAUAUUCUUCCUUCGUGAGUGUUCCACUCAAUCCCCAGAUAGUCUGUUUGUUCAUACUUCAGACUACUAAUAUGGUAAAGUCUCUUAUUUCUUGUGACUGAAGAAUAAUUUAAACAGAAUAUUUAGAUUAAAUCUAGGAUAUUUAGUUUAAAAUAGUGAGUUUUUAGAUAGAAAAAUACUAUGAUUGACCUAUAUGAUGUUUAGACAGUAUAGUACAAUGUACUUAACUCUAAAAUUUUUCUGUACAUACAAUCUUUAAAAAAUAAUAAUAAUUCAGAGUGCAUACUCUUUCCUGCCCAACAGAGCUUACUUUUUGAGGGGAAAAAAAUUGAGGGUGGGAUGGGGGAGAAGGAAAGAUGCAUAUAAAUCAUUCUACUAUUUUUUUUUUUUUAGUUUUAUUGAGCUACAAUUAGCAAAUAGAAUUGUAAGGUAUUUAAAGUGUACUGCAUGAUUUGAUAUACGAAUACAUUGUGAAAGGAGUCCUCCUGUCUAGGUAAUACAUCUGUCACCUCACAUAUUUAUCUUUUUUUGUGUGCAUGAGAAUAUUUAAGUUCUAUUCUCUUAGCACAUUUCAGUUAUAUAAUACAAUGUUAUCAACUAUAAUCACCAUUUAAUAUGUUAGAUGCUCAGAUGUUACUGAUCUCACACCUGAAAGUUUGAGAAAAUUUUCUUAAUAAUUGUUAUGUCAACAAUUUCAGCCUUUUCAUAGGAAGAAAGAAUUUACUUCUCAAAACUGAGUAAAUUGUUAUAGAAAACUCAUUUUGAGUAGUGCAAGUAACCCAUCCUUUUCUAUGUGGAUUGUCCUUAUUCUCUUUAUUAGUAAUGGAGAGACACAACCAUUACAGUUUUCUCAAAAGAGAUGAAUAAGCUGUGGGAGGUGUUUUGGAAUGAACAUGUCAUUUUAUCAGAAGAGCUUUAUAGAACACAUUGCACUGAUGUCUUGCACCAGUGGAAUUUUCUGUCAGAAUCUAUAAUCCCAUUCGGUCUAGGUUGACGAUAUCAAUGCUGCCUGAAGGGAUUGUUCAUAGGAUUUCACUCCACCCAAUACAGAAAUGUUUUCCUUGAUAAUGGAGCUAUGGAAUUUCUUUGGUGUCAUCUCAUGGUGUGAGGUUUACAAACAUAGUAAGCCAUUUGUCACAAAGUUCAUUGAUGAAGAGAUAAAUUCUCAUGUGCUAUUUUUAAUUUUUGAGUGUAUAUUACUGCCAUUCUAAGACUUUAGGUAUUCCAAGGUCUCAGGAAAAUAGACACAAGGCACUUUGUUGUACUGAACACAUUUUGGUCAGCGGGGAAGGAGCCAGGAGCAGUCAUCUACGGAAAGAGCCUGACUUGGGAGUGCGCACACAGGACCAGGACAAGGUCCAAGAGGAGUAAGAGUCAGCCUUAAUUCUAGCAAAGUUUGGACAUGAGUAUUCAAUCAGAUGAGUGGGACACAGCUGUGAAGUAGACAGAAUAGAAGAAGGAGAUGCUAGCUCUCCAGCUUUUUUCCAUUUCUGUUAUAAGUUUAUAUGCAUCCAGCUCCUCCUUCCUUCCAUCACUCCAGUCACACUGGAAUUGCUGACCCUCCCCUGUCUGACCCUAAAUCCUCCGCUGUGCCCUAAAUCACAGCCCCUGAGUGCACAUUCAGAACUGGCUCAGAAAAUCAUCUCUCCUUUCUUCUAUGUUUUAAACUUCUCAUUUUCUACAGCACUUACACAUAUUUAAGGUUUCUCAACCCCACGUCUUGGUUCUCUUUACCACCCAUUCUCCCCUUUCUAAGGCAGGGUUUCUUUAAGCAGUUCUGAAUGUUUGUCUCUACUUCUGUACCUCCCAUUCUCUCCUCAACCCACUAAGCCUAACUUCUGCCCCCAUAGCUCCAUUUUGCAGCUGUUCAAGUCACUCCAGAUUCACCAGCCACCUCCUCAUGCAACGUGCCAGCCAACUGAUCAGCUCCUGCUCCCUGUCAGCCUCAUCUCCUGCACUUGCCCCCACACUCCUGAUCAUCCAUCCCCACCAGCCUCCUCUCCAAUCUUCGAGUCCCCCAAACCCUUGCCCACUUCCAGGCUUUUGCACUUGUUCUCCCCGUAGCCCGGGAUUCUCUCCCUGGCUGGGUCAUUAGCAUCCCUCAGGUCUUGGCUCAGAUAUCCAUUCUCAGAGAGGCUUUCCCCAGAACACGCAUGGGCUGUGACCUUGGAAACAUCAUUUAACCCCUCCGUGGUUCAGUUUCUCAUCUAUAAUUGAGGAAAUAACUGCACCUAUCUCCUCGGAUUGCUGUAAGGAUUAAAUGAUAUUCUACACAUGUAGUAUUUAGAACAAGACUUGAUAUACAGCAGUAAUUUAAGAUUAAUUAUAAGUAACUGUUUACUAUUAUAGGUAACAUCUUCAUGUUAUCUCCCUCUUCUUCCCCUUUGUCAUACUUCUGAGCUAUGAUUACAUUAUUUGUUCACUUAUUGUGUUAGCAUGGUAGGAUGCAAGGUCCAAAAGGACAAAAGAUUCAUCUGCCUUGUUGGUUUGUCUACUCUUUACAACUUGCUUGAAAGUGGAGCGUGGUAAGGCUCAAUACAUUUGGCACUUCAACCUC